GCGAAGACGCGCGCGUGACGAUGAGCCCCGUGUGAUCGCGACAAGGUCCGGUUCCGGUCACGUUUCGCAAAACAUUUCCGGUCCGAUAAUACGGCGGUAUUGAGGAAAGACGACGAAACGACGACGAUAAAACAAAAAACAAAUAAACAAAUAAACAAAUAAACAAAAAAAAAAAAAAGAAACAACAAGAACGAGAAACAGCAUCAACGACGCUGAACACGCAUAAUAAUAACAAUAAUAUUAAAAACACUCGCUGAGGCGGGGGCCCGAUCUGGAUUCAAAAAAGCUCUCCCACCUACCCCUACUCGCGGUCGAGGGAUGCUCGCCUGCUGCUUAUUAAUUGCCGCAGGGGCGGCGGCGGCGGCGACUUUGGUCGGUGGCUUUGACGCUCAUCUUCGAGGACCGAGUUUCCUCAUCGAGCCCCAGUCAAGAAUUGAAUUCUCAAACUCAAGUGGUGCCUGGCUCGACUGCGCAGCGUCCGGAAGUCCGCUACCAAACAUCGAUUGGGUUACAGCCGACGGACUUCCCGCCAGUGACGUUCCCGGUGUCCGGAGGGUACUCAGGAAUGGCACCCUCGUUCUACUUCCGUUUCCGGCCGCGGCCUACAGGCAGGAUGUACACAGCACCGCCUAUAGGUGUGUCGCCAGCAACACCGUUGGCAGAGUCUUGACCCGAGACGUUCAAGUCAGAGCCGUCGUCGCCCAGGCCUACAAGGUAGACGUCGAAGUAAUGGGCGGUGCUUCCAGAGGAUGUACAGCUGUUCUACGCUGCGUUAUCCCGAGCUUUGUUAAGGACUUGGUUCGCGUUGUCUCCUGGCUCCAGGAACCCUCCUUCUAUAUCUACCCUUCGCUCCAAGGAGAUGGGAAAUUCCACUUACUACCGACCGGUGAACUCUUGGUUCACGGCCUCGAAUUCAGCGAUCAAUUUCUUCGCUACAGAUGCCGGACGAUGCAUCGACUCACUCGACAAGUCGUCGUCAGCUCCGUGGCCAACGUACGAAUGGCGGAUCACAGAGGUGUGGUGCCUCCGGUGAUUUUGGAACAUUCGGGGAUCGUCCACGUGGCGCAGGACGAGUCUGCCUCUUUAGUUUGCGUGGCGCAGGCCUGCCCAUCCCCUGAAUACAGAUGGUUUUCCCAAACCGGAGGAGAGCCGAUGCUCGUGCUUCCCGGUCCUCGGACUCGGAUUUUGGGUCCGGUUUUGGCGAUCGAAGCUGUAACUGCAGAAGACAGCGGAGUGUACAGAUGUUCGGCAGCGAAUCCCGGAGGCGAGGCGAGCGCGGAACUUAGACUGACUGUGACGGCUCCGCUACACGUCGAAGUCACUCCUCCGCUGCUGAGCGUUCACCUAGGUGGAAACGCCGAGUUUCGGUGCGUCGUUGGCACUCAUUCUCUGGGUGGUCAGCACUUUGUUACGUGGUACAAAGACGGCAGACAACUUCCAGGCACUGGCAGACUGUCCGAAGUGCUUCAGCUCAACGGUAUCGGUCGGGAAGACAGAGGGAUGUACCAAUGUGUCGUCAGGAGGUCGGAAGGCGACACCGCUCAGGCCACUGCGGAGCUUCAAUUGGGCGACGCUCCGCCGGUUCUGCUGUACUCAUUUAUAGAGCAGACGCUGCAGCCUGGACCAGCUGUAUCACUGAAAUGUUCGGCAGCAGGAAAUCCGACACCUCAAGUAGCCUGGGCUUUGGAUGGAUUUCCACUACCAACAAACGGAAGGUCCGUAAUUGGGCAGUACGUCACGGUCCACGGAGACGUGAUAUCCCAUGUAAACAUAAGUCACGUGAUGGUUGAAGACGGUGGUGAAUAUUCGUGCACAGCCGAGAACCGGGCGGGUAAAACGACGCACGCAGCUCGACUCAAUGUUUACGGCCUCCCCUACAUUCGCAUGAUCCCGAAGGUAACCGCGGUCGCUGGUGAAAGUUUUCGGCUCAAGUGUCCCGUCGCUGGAUAUCCGAUCGAGGAAAUCAAGUGGGAACGUGGAGGAAGAGAGCUUCCCGAUGAUCUAAGACAGAAGGUACUUCUCGAUGGGACCCUCAUCGUUUCCACCGUCCAGAAGCAGGGCGACUCUGGUGUCUACACUUGCUCGGCCAGGAACAAACAGGGACACAGUGCACGGAGGUCCGGAGAAGUCGCAGUCAUCGUUCCCCCAAAAAUUAGCCCAUUCACCGCUGAUCGUGACCUCCAUCUGGGUGAACGGAUGACCCUGACUUGCUCUGUGACAAGGGGCGAUCUGCCGCUAUCAAUCUCCUGGCUCAAAGACGGGCGCUCGAUGGGUCCCUCUGAACGAGUCACCGUGACCAAUGUGAACCAGUUCAAUAGCGUACUGACGAUUGAAAGUUUAUCUCCAGAUCAUAAUGGCAACUACUCCUGCGUGGUCAGGAAUUUGGCCGCCGAAGUGUCGCGCACUCAGCGACUUGUGGUUCAUGUACCCCCUAUAAUUGAGCCAUUUACCUUCCAAGAGGGACUCUCUGAGGGGAUGCGCACGCGGACGGUGUGCGGGGUCGCGGCGGGAGAUCCUCCCCUGACCAUAUCCUGGCUGAAGGACGGGCAAAAUCCCUUCCAGCUUCCCCCAAAGCUCGCAUCCGCCGCCAAUGUUUCCCAGCUCGAUCCCUAUUCCAGUCUCUUAAGUAUCUCGAGUCUUUCGGCCGAGCAUUCCGGCGACUAUACCUGCGUCGCCGCGAACCCCGCCGCCGAGGUCAGGUACACGGCCAAGCUACAGGUAAAAGUUCCUCCUCGAUGGAUAGUCGAGCCGACCGACAUCAGCGUCGAGCGAAACAAGCACGUCGCCCUUCACUGUCAGGCCCAAGGCGUCCCGACGCCCACCAUCGUCUGGAAGAAGGCCACGGGAAGUAAAUCCGGGGAGUACGAAGAGCUGCGUGAGAGAAUGUACACAAAACUUUUAACGAACGGUACGUUAUUGCUCCAGCAUGUAAAGGAAGACCGAGAGGGUUUUUAUCUCUGUCAAGCAAGCAACGGUAUUGGUAGCGGAAUCGGGAAGGUGGUUCAGCUCAAGGUCAACUCCUCUCCAUAUUUUGCGGCUCCUUCUCGUCUGGUAACGAUAAAGAAGGGCGAUACCGCGACGCUACACUGCGAAGUCCAUGGCGAUAAACCGGUCACUGUCACUUGGUUGAAGGGUGGAAAGGUCGAGCUCAAUCCUUCGACGAAUUAUCGCGUCACUGUAAAGCAAGAGAUAACGCCGGACGGCGUCGUGGCUCAGCUUCAGAUCGCUUCAGCCGAAGCUUCGGACAAUGGAGCUUACUUUUGUCAAGCCAGCAAUCUUUUCGGACGCGAUCAGCAGCUGGUGCAGCUUCUGAUUCAAGAACCUCCUCAAGCACCCAACGCCCUCGAAACUGCAAUGGUCGCCAGCAGGAGCAUUAAUGUCAAAUGGCAGCACAAGGCUCAGGACACUGGUGAAGUCACGAAGUACAUACUUCAGUACAAAGAAGGAGAAGGAGGAGUUUGGCAGCAGCAGGAACUGUCCGGACCUCCGUUGCCCUAUGCAGCCCUUAUUGACGAUCUGAAGCCAGCGACUCGCUACUACAUUCGCGUUAUCGCCGAAGGACCCGCAGGGCGAUCUGCUCCGUCCCCAGAUCUGGUUGUGAGAACGGAACCCCAGAGGCCAGCAGGUCCUCCGAUCAAUCUGGCCGCCAGGUCCGUAUCUGCUACCGAAAUCCUCGUCACCUGGGGACCACCGAUACCGGAACUCAGGCACGGAGAUAUACAGAGCUUCAAUAUUGGCUACAGAGAAACCAGCUCGGGUAACCCGGCCUACAAUUUCACCCCGGUUUCCGGCGAUGGUGAGGAAGGAGGGGGUGAACUUCAUCUCACUGGAUUGAGGGCAUACACACGUUACACAUUGGUAGCCCAGGCCGUCAACCAGGUUGGCUCAGGUCCGCUGUCAGAGCCACUGACCACCCAGACGUUGGAAGACGUGCCCAGCAUGCCACCGGAAGACGUUCGCUGCGCUGCCCUCUCAUCCCAGUCGUUACAAGUCUCAUGGCAGCCGCCCCCCAGUUCUCAUUCCAAUGGAAUCGUUCAGGGGUAUAAAUUGUACUACGAGCCAGUCAUGGAGGAGACUUGGCGAGGAGUUGACGAGAUGGAGGUUCGAAAAACAAGCGCUUUAACAACGGUUCUGACCAAUUUAAGACGCUACGCAAAUUACAGCAUGCACGUACUCGCCUACACGAGGAUAGGCGACGGUGUUGCGUCCCCGAUGACUUAUUGUCACACCGAAGAAGAUGCCCCUGGGAGUCCCGCGGACAUAAAAGUGGUUGUAAGCUCACCGCAAGCUCUUUUCAUAUCGUGGUUACCGCCCUUGGAGCCAAACGGAGUGAUCACUAAGUACAAUUUAUACACCAGGGUGGUGAACGGUCGUGAGGAACUCAACCAUGGUAAGAAACCGCUCUCUGCCGCGGACACUUUUUUCGAGGCAACGGACCUCGAGCAACACGUCGAAUACCAGUUUUGGGUGACGGCGAGCACCAGAGUGGGCGAGGGUCAGAGUUCACGAGUAGCUGCUCAAGUGCCUUCGAACCGAGUGCCUGCCCGCAUCACGUCAUUUGGCGGCCACGUCGUGAAGCCCUGGAGAGGAUCGGCCACUCUGGACUGCAACGCGGUUGGCGACCCUAGACGAGAGUGGCUCAAGGGUGUCGAGCAGAUUUACCCCGGUGCUAAUCACAACAUUCAGAUACUUCAGACCGGCGAAUUGGUCCUGUCAAGCUUACAGACUCAAGAAAGUGGCAACUACACUUGUCAAGUCGAAAACGCCCAGGGUAGCGAUCGUCUACAGUACAUACUCACCGUCCAAGUUCCACCCAGCACGCCGGUACUCUACGUGACGAGCUCAACGUCUAGCAGCAUACUGCUUCACUGGAAACCAGGAAACACAGGCGGAGCUCCAUUGACCGGAUACACCCUUCACUAUCGUAGAACUCACGGGAAUCUCGACGAGCUUCAACUCUCCCGUCGAGCCACCAGCUACGAGCUCAAAGGUCUACUGUGUGGAAACGCGUACCAUCUUUAUCUGACAUCUCACAACAAACUGGGCAGCAGCCCGGCCUCGCCUACGCUUUCGGUUCGUACUCAGGGUCAAGCACCAGGUAUUCCAAGAGCAGACGCUUUUCUGGCACCCAAUUCAACCACCCUGGCUCUCCGUCUUCACGUCUGGCCCGACAACGGCUGUCCGAUUUCUUACUUCGUUAUUCAGUACAGGCCGAUCAGCGAGUUUCAUUGGACGUUGGUCUCGAACAGCGUUAAGAUGAAUCGGAGAUUCGUCAUACCUAAUCUCUCGCCUAGUUCGGUCUACCAGCUAAAGGUCGAGGCCUAUAACGUCGCUGGCAGCAGUCAGGCCGAGUUCACUUUCGUCACUCUCACUAAAGACGGGGAACCACCACCGCCAGAGCUCUCGAAACGAGGCAUCAUCCCGAUCCCCUUUUAUGCCGACCUUAAAGUCAUGCUACCGCUGAUCGUCGCUACUGUUGCUCUUCUUGCAGCCGCUGCAACAAUCGCUUUUUGCUGGAGAAACAGAUACUUGGGGGACGGAGUCCAGAGGCCCAUGAAGGAGACUCAGGAGAAUCAGCAGAACGCGGAGGCGCAACGCGAACGUUACUACGCAACAAUUCACAAAGUCGCCCUACAGCAAGCGGCGAACACGGCAGGAGGACCUGACAAGAUCCCAGAGACAGCGGAGGACAUCUCGCCGUACGCUACGUUCCAGCUGUCGGAAGGUGGCGGGGCAAGCCUGGGAGGCCUGGGCGGUGCCGCCGAAGCAUCAGCGGCCGGACUUCACCCCAACAACACCCUACUUCACAGCUUCAUGUACCACGAACACGCAAUGACAGAGGGAUGCGCCAGUCCACCGCCUGCAACGUAUCAGUACUUGAAGAGUAUGAAGAGUGUAUCGUCGAGGAGACGCCAACAGAGGAAGCAGCAAGCGCCGGGCGACGUGGAGAGCGACGAAAGCGAGUCUGACCCAGACCAGCUGACCAGCUCCAGAACCGAGUCGUCGAAUCAGCUGGAUGCCGGCAAGCUCAAGCACAUUCGGGCUGUUUCAGACUUCAUCUACCACGGAACGUCGAGCACCUCGUCGGAUAUUUCGCCAAUGUCCGAACAGAAGUCGCUUCCUCGAAGAGGAAGAUCUAGGUGGCACGUCCCCAGCAAAAGCACGCUUCGCACCGUGUUACCACCGAUGUCGAUCGCCGAGACGACCUUUACCGGUGGCCAAACACCAAACGAACGUAGUGAACGUCCAGAAUUAAGUGAAGCCGAAUGCGACAUUGAUUCAUUGAAAAAACUCAAGCUCGGUAUCCGAAGCUCGUUGUGGUCCAGACCCGGCGCACAAAACAACCCUUCGUCUGAUUACUCUAUCGCAGUUUAAAGUAUCGACAUAUCAACCAUUCCCGAUAUUUCAAUCUAUAUUACACCUUCGUAAUCGCGUAUUGUCACUGUUUGAAACUCGUUUCGAAGACACCGAAUAACGACGCGUUUCAAAUCCAUACAGAUAUAUACUCUGUGAGGCCCAGUAAAGUAGUCACAAGGAUGCGCGCUAUCAAAGUGAUUCAACAUUCUGUACAUUUUUUCAAUUCAAUCACGAUUUAAAAGAAAUCUUGUCACGUUGAAAAGAAUUUCCAUUUUUUCGUCACGCUUCUUCCCCUCAAAAUCAUUGUUUAGAAAGUAUUGAUUUUGUCAUCUUCUGUUCAGUCGUACCUCGAAUCUUGCGUAUAUUUUCUACACAUAUCGUUUCUAUUUAUCAUAGAAAAUAAUGUACAGGCUGUUCCUGAAAUGACUUGAACAGCAGCGUGACGCGUUUUAAUUAUAUUGAAACAACUAAUCACAAAAACUAAUGUGGACAUUCCAGUUUUAGAAUACAACUAGUCGGUUGAUACGAAUUUACAAUGUGGAAUACAUGAGGCAGACUGCAAUGACACAGGGGAAAAAUGAUAAAAAUUUUAUGAAAAAUAUGUUAUGACGUAUCGUUUAUUGCGCGGUAUCAAUCUGAUUGUGACACUAUUCUCACUCACACUCUUUAUUACACGUGAAACUACUAUGAAAUACAAUUUACGCUGUAUGUAUAUAAAUAGGGAUAAAUUCAUGGCAGCAAAUAGACACGAAGCAUGUGAAAUUCCAAACUUUGGCUGAGCACAUUUUUUUAUACCGAAGGCAAUGGCAGAAUCAAGUUGCUAACUCGCGCCAUUCGAGUAAAUUGCAAAACGGGAAAUGAAGAAAAUGAAAAAAAACAGUAUGUUGAUUUACAUGCACUUUAAUUCGUGAUAGAUAUGUAUUAUAUGAAAUGAUUAACCAAAAUCUCGUGCCAACAUAAAUUGCACAAUUAAAGUCUAAUACUCAAGCUGUUAUCGACCCAGAAAAUUAAUUCCAUCAAUUUAAAUCGAAACAAAUACGAUUCGAAUUUGUAAAUGUACUGUUUUACAACGCUGAUUCUAUUUCGUUAAUUUUUAAUAUUCGUGCAGGUGAUUCAUCUUUGAAUAGAAAUAAUUACUGCAAUAUACAAUUGCAUAAUACUGACAGAUUUAGAGAUGUGUAAAUGGGAGAAAACAAUCCAUGAUAAAUAAAAAAAGAAAAUAAAUAAAUAAAAAAUUGUUUUCUUCUAAUCAUUAUAAAAUCUAUGUACAAGUCUUCUGGAAAAACCUUUGAAAAUGGGAAGAAAAACAGAGAACAAUAUAGCUGAAAAUUAAAAAAAAACGCAUAAGUACGAUGUGCCAAACAAUGACUUGCUCAGAAAGCCACGUCGCUUAUAUAACCCUUUUAUGACAUGGCUGAGACCAAAGACUUAAAAACAGAGCACAGCACCAAAUUAAAAUGAAAAUAUUACUGUACAUGAUUUUUAACGUGAAAUUGACUGAUUUUCGAAACAAUUGGCAAGUCUCACACCGCGAUGCGCAAAAAUAGACGAAAGAGUUAUGGAUAAUUGUUUGACAAAUUGGAUUUUUGCCGCUAUCAUUCCUGAAGUGUGAACAGAGACAGAGCUAUGCGCUCGUAAAAUUAUAUAAAAGAAUAUUCAACGAAAUUCGGUUAAACUAAAUCGAAAAUAUAUCAUCUGGUGAUUGGCUAAUUCUUACGUUGACAGUAUUGAUAAAAAAAAAUUUCAAAAAAAAAAAAAAAAUAAAUUAUGAAGGAAACGAGUGCCGAUAAAACGAUGGCAUUCUAACGGUUAAGAAAAGUAUAGAAGUAAAUAGUGUUUCGAUGAUGCGACGACGGCGAUAAUAAUGACGAUGAUGAUAUAAAUAUACGUAUGAAAGAGUAUUCUGAAUUGGCAUCAGCAAUUUUAAUGUUGGGCUCUGUUGCAUUGUAAAGUUUAUAUACUCGUUGAUUAUUUUAAGUCCAUAACUAAUAAUAAGGCAUUAGUACUGUAAGACUAAGAAUUGAAAAAAACAAAAGAAAACAAAAAAAAAAAAAAACACAAAACAA